AUGGAGGAAGGUCGACUUAAGGUUAUUAUCGCUGGUGCGGGGAUCGCCGGCCUGGCGACGGGCAUUGCCCUGAGACAGCUUCCCUAUAUCGACGUGGAGUUGUACGAGCGCUCUCCUGAGCUCAAAGAAAUCGGCGCAAGUAUCGCCCUCAGUCCGAAUGGUCUGCGUACACUGGAAAGACUGGGCGUGGGCAAUGCUCUCGAUGAUGAGGUUGCUUUUCGGGGCCCAGCUGGGAUACCCAUGAUUUACAGGCAUUGGAAAACGAACGAGAUUGUCAGUGUGGACCAUUUCGAGGCUGUUGCCGACCUACGCCAUCACACCGCCAGAUUUCAUCGAGCCCACCUCCAUCAAGCUCUGCUCCAGCAUGUUCCAAGAGAAUUGAUUCAUCUAAAUAAGAAGGUUAUUGGAGCCAGGGUCGGGGACAACACCGCGAGCUUAGAGUUCCAGGAUGGCACAACAGCAGUGGGAGAUCUGUUGAUCGGGGCUGAUGGCAUCAACUCGAAAGUCCGAAAGGCCUUUGUGCCACACUUCCAGCUGAGCUACACGAACCGGACUGCUUUGCGAGCCACAUUUGAUCUGUCUCUGGUCAAGCAUAUCCCGGACCUCCCUGCUGACUCGACUCAUUGGUGGGGGCAAGAUCGGAACUUCUUUGCAUCGAGGUUGGGUCGCAAUCAGUUCACGGUGGUGGGCAUGUAUAAUCCAGUCAACCUCCCUCAGGGUUAUGAAAGCGACAUAGGCACUUGGAAUGACGUGGGCUCCGUCGAACUGUUCCGCGAGCUCUAUCGGGACUGGAACCCUGUCGUUCACGCUCUUACCGAAGCGACGCCCAGCGUCCGACGUUUUCCCAACUAUGCAGGCCAGGCGAUAGCGACCUGGGUGUUCGGCUCAUGUGCUACACUCGUCGGCGAUGCGGCCCACGCCCAUGGCGGGGCCCACGCGACAGGAGGCUCGCUGGCACUCGACGAUGCGUACGCGUUAUUCAUGUCCUUGCGACAUGUGAUCCCUGAAUGGCAGAGCUCGAAGCCUUCUGAGUUCCAACUGCAGACUGCUUUGGAACUGUACGAAGAGACAAGGCGACCCCACACGGAUAGACUGUUGCGCAGCGUCCAUUCCAGCAUGAAAGACACACCGCCACAGUCUGAUGAGGAGCUCCGGAGAAAGAUGCUUAAUCGCGGCAGUACUACGUGGUUGAGCGAGCACGAUGUCCAAAAGACGUUUGCUGCAGUGGUCGCAGCUCACACAGAACGUGGUGAUACACUUGUGAGGGAAAGCAGACUAUAA